GUCUUGUGGAUCCCUGAGCGGUGCACAGAAGGAAAAGAGGGCAAGUGGGCGGCUUAUGAUCUGUUCUUUGCCGGGACAAGUGAGCCGAACUCUGAUUUCUCCCAAGUUACCUGUGCGGGUGAACUUUAAACUGAACUCCUAGGCUCACGCUGACGCUUUUUCUCCAGCCCGAGGAUUUUCUUUUCAUCUCCAGAGGGCUGGAUUUUUGCCCUUAUGGGGAAAGAUGCCUGGGAGAGGAGUAGGAUUACAAUGUGGGAUGCUAGGGACACACCAGCGAGUUGGAGUGUGUUGGUUCUACUCUUCAGAAAGCCCUGACAAGUGUUCCUGAAAUGAACACUCUUGCUUCAUUUUUAAAAAAAGAUUAUACCUCUAUUUAUUUUUAUUUUUUUGGACUGUGGAUAUUCCUGACGUAGAAACCAGAUGCCACAGUGUGGCAAGUAUAACAAUAAUGGGGGGGGGGGAUUUGCUGUUCUUAACUCCUCAUUUUCCUUUUCUCUAUAAUUGGGUGACGUGGAAGUAAUGUUUUUGUAUAAUGCCUGUCUGACUCUCAGUAAGUGGGAAAGAGCAGGCUCAUUCUAAGGACCUGGAAUAAUUUUAAAGACGAAGCUUUUGUUUGUUGGGCAGUCCUUUGUCUGUGCAUCAGUUUUGAUGUGAAAGAAGAUGAAAAAAGAAGGUGCUUCAGGGUCCUUCAGAUUGAAGUCAAAUUCUGCUUCCCUCUCACGUGCUGUGAGUUGGAUAAAUUUCUCCUCCUUGUCCAGGCAGACAAAGAGGCUCUUUCGUAGUGAUGGAGAGCUCUCGGUUUGUGGGCAGCAGGUGGAAGUGGAUGAUGAAAACUGGACAUACAGAACCCAGCCCAGAAAAGCGGUUUCUAACCUAGAUGAGGAGAGCAGAUGGACUGUCCACUAUACUGCUCCCUGGCAUCAGCAGGAAAAUGUUUUUCUUCCCACCACUAGACCUGCCUGUGUGGAGGACCUGCAUCGCCAAGCCAAGCUCAACCUCAAAUCUGUAUUAAGGGAGUGUGACAAAUUACGGCGGGAUGGCUACCGAAGUUCUCAGUAUUACUCCCAGGGGCCCACCUUUGCAGCCAACUCCAGCUCACUCUGUGAUGAGGAUUAUCAAGAUGAGGAUGAUGAAACAGAUCAAAAAUGUUCUAUUUCUUCAUCAGAAGAAGAAAGACUUAUUUCCACCAGAAGACCUAAAACACCAACCUCAAGUGACUUCUCAGACAUUAAUAUUCACACAAACUGGACCAAGUCACUUCCUCUGCCAACCCCAGAAGAGAAGAUGAGACAGCAAGCCCAAACAGUCCAGGCUGAUGUGGUUCCUAUUAACAUAACUGGGGAGAAUUUCGAUCUCCAGGCCAGCCUUCGGCGGUCUCUAAUUUACACAGAUACUCUGGUAAGACGACCGAAGAAAGUCAAAAGGAGAAAGACUAUUACAGGAGUCCCUGACAACAUACAGAAGGAGCUAGCAUCGGGCACUGGACAAGAUGAUAUUGGCAGUCACUCCAUGUACUACCCAGACCACUACUCUACACUCGGAAGGCUUGAAAGCUAUCCAUGCACUGGGCAGCGUUCAGAGACCAGGGACUCCAGCUGCCAGACUGAGGAAGUGAAAGUCGUGCCUCCUUCAAUGAGAAGAAUCAGGGCACAAAAAGGGCAGGGCAUUGCUGCCCAAAUGAGUCACUUCUCAGGUUCUUCUGGGAACAUGUCAGUCCUGAGUGAUUCUGCUGGUAUUGUACUCCCUUCUCGCCUCAACAACGAAGCAGGCUUCCACAGUCUUCCACGUUCAGGGGCAAGGGCACACAUUCAGUCCCAUGAACCAUGUUUGGGUGUCCUGGGCCCUACAGAAGAUAUAGGUGACAGUUUUCCCUACCGGAGGAGUAAUUCACAAGUUGAUGAAAACUUAGGAUCUCUAGGAGGUGCCUCAAAGACUGGUGCACUUUUGCGACCCAAAUCCCAGGAACUGAGGCACUUUGAGUGUGAAAACCUAACAAGCCCAGCAUGUGUGGUUUCUCCUCAUGCUACCUACUCUACCAGCAUUAUCCCAAAUGCCACACUGUCCUCUUCUUCAGAGGUUAUUGUUAUUCAUGCUGCUCAGAGCUUAGGGCACCUGGACAGUAAAAUCACCAGCACAGCUUCAUACACAAAGUUAAAAUCCAGAGACCACCUCCUCUCCAAGCAUGCCAACAAAGAUGAUCACCGAUCUCUUUGUGGUAACUGGAAUCAGGAUCACACCACCACUCUUUCACAGGCCUUAGCUCCCCAUUCUCCCAGUGCAGCCCCACAGUUGUCCCUCAGUGAUUCCACAGGCUCUCUAAGUACUCCAGAAAAUGGGGAGAAUAGGUCCCAAACCAUUGUCUAUAAAUGUAGAAACAACCUGAACUUACCAGCUCACCCCCAGGAUGUGGAUGGCAAGAAUGAGGCCAGUUACUUUGGAGGCAGAGUACAUGGUGAAGCUGAGUCCUGGGAAUACAGUGCCUCGGCUAAUGGUCAGGCAUCCCCACUAAAGUCACAUCUGGCAACUUCAGGCUACUCCACUCCUGUCAGUAACGUCAACAGCUGCAAUUCGGACCAAGCCUCAAACAGAGAUGAUGCUAGAUCCCUAUAUUCAGACGAUCAGGAUGGUUAUUACACACCUAUGCACGUGGACUCUAGACAGGGAUCUGGGAAUCUGUGCAAUAGCAACAAUGGCUUUGGGAACCCCCGACACAGUGUAAUCAAUGUUUUUGACGGGAGAACUCAGAAGAACCAAGGGAACUGGCCCAGUUGCCAUGAUAAGUCACUUUCAAGAAACAUUUCUUUGAAGAAAGCAAAGAAGCCUCCUCUGCCACCCUCAAGAACAGAUUCUCUCCGCAGGGUUCCCAAGAAGAACAUCCAGUCUAACGGGCAGGUGCUAAAUGAGACCCUGAUCGCCUCACUCCAACAAUCUCUGCAACUCAACCUCCUGGGCAAGGGCAGCAGCUCGCCUUCCCAGAGUCCCUGCAGUGACUUUGAGGAACCCUGGCUGCCUCGCUCCCGAAGCCAGAGCACAGUGAGUGCAGGCAGCAGCAUGACUUCUGCCACCACCCCUAAUGUCUACUCCCUGUGUGGUCUCACACCUGCACAGAGUGACACAAGCAGUGUCAAGUCUGAGUACACAGAUCCUUGGGGUUACUACAUCGACUACACAGGUGUGCAAGAAGACUCAGGUAACCCGAGCGGGGGCUGCCCAGCCAGCAGUGGGGCACCAACCAGAAACGGGUCUGUCCGCCACAUCCAAGAGGGAUCCAAGGCUGAGCUGCCCCAAGGAUCAGGUGGCCCAGUCAAACCAAAGAUCAUAUCCCCGGAGAAGUCUCACCGAGUCACUUCUCCAUCCAGUGGAUAUUCCAGCCAGUCAAAUACACCCACAGCGGUCACCCCUGUGCCUUUGUUUUUAAAAUCAGUGUCACCAGCAAACGGGAAAGGGAAGACCAAGCCCAAGGUGCCGGAAAGAAAGUCUUCUUUGGUAUCUUCUGUGUCCAUUUCCUCCUCAUCUACUUCUCUUUCUUCCAACACUUCCACAGAAGGAAGCGGGACUGUGAAGAAGCUGGAUUCAGUACUGACUUCCCACUCUUCUCUUCAGUCUCCAGGCCAUGCUGACAAGUCUUUGCUCUCCCUGGCCCCUCCUUUAGCAGAUCCUUGUGAGGGUUCUCCCCUACCACAUUCUCCUCUGUUCCCGCCUCCACCUCCAGAAGUUCUCACCCCUCUUUGUUCUCCCACUGAAGCCUGCUUCCCCCCUCCCACUAAUACACUGAGCCCCUUGCUUCUGGAAUCUACUCCUGUGCCAUCUCCUCCACCUUCCUUACCCUUCACAGCUCCUCCUCCUGCUCCACCCCUUGACCCCAAAUUAAUGAAAGACACCAGACCUUCUUUCAAAAAAUCUGGCCAUCCACAGUCUUCCCAGGAGGCCCUCACUAAACAGUCUUCUCACAAGGAGGAGGGCAGUAAACCCCCCAUGCCCUUGAUAACCACCCAAGCAUUACAGACGGUGCAGUUGAGGCCGGUGAAAAAGACCUCAGGAACCGAGGCAGUGCUGUUGCAUGAACAAAUAUCUCAGGAAAAACGAACUCCGAUUCUUCCCCAGUAUCAUUUAAAGCCAUCUGCUUUCCUGAAAUCCCGAAAUAGCAUAAAUGAAAUGGAGAGUGAAAGCCAGCCUGCCUCCCUGACAAGCUCGUUUCCGACUCCUGCCAAGAGCCCGAGUCAGGGUCACCAGGACAGUGCAGUUGAGCGUGGCCUCCAGCACCGCAGUCUGGGCAGCACUGGGGAGCCAGAGGCCGCAGGGCCAGGCCCCAGGACUGCUCAGCUCCAGGAGUCCCCAGACCCUUCACCCAGCAGGAAGCCUCCCCCCAUUUCCAAGAAGCCCAAACUGUUCCUCGUGGUGCCACAUCCACAGAGAGAUCCCACAGUAGAGCCCACAGGGAACGUGAGUGAAACAGCGCCCAGCCCCAUGAGAGGAGAGGCAGAGAGUGGUGCAGCCACUGCUGGUUCUGAUGAGCCGGUUUCCAUCAGCUUGGUUCAGGAGGGAGGAGCUGCAGGAUCUGCAUCCCUGGCCAGAGUGGAAGCCAAUGUCCGCAUGGUGCAGCCUGAUGCCCCAGCAACUCCCAAGCAGGAGCCAGGCUCUGAGAAGCAUUCAGAUGGUGGGGGCGAUGUGGAGAACUGCGAAUGUCUGCAGGAUGGAGGGCCUGAAGUGCUGGAGACCAACACAGCUGAUUCUUCCUUUGAGGCCUGUGACUUCCUUAAGGAAGAAGGGAGUGAUAAGGUGAUGACCCCUAGUAGACCCCGGACCACAGAAGACCUUUUUGCAGCUAUUCACAGAUCCAAGAGGAAAGUCCUUGGUCGGAAAGAUUCAGAUGAUGAUCACACCCGAAACCAUUCUCCUUCACCACCAGUGACACCCACUGGUGCUGCCCCCAGCCUCACCUCCCCAAAGCAAGUGGGAUCCAUUCAGAGAAGUGUCCGAAAGAGCAGCACCAGCAGUGACAACUUCAAAGCUCUGCUUCUUAAAAAGGGGAGUCGAUCUGAUACCGGUGCCCGCAUGUCAGCAGCAGAAAUGCUUAAGAACUCAGAUCCUCGGUUCCAGAGGUCAAGGUCGGAGCCUUCACCAGAUACUCCAGAGAGUCCAUCCAACUGUUCACCAAACAAGAGCAGAAAGGCCCAAGAGGAAUGGGCCAAGAAUGAAGGCUUGAUGCCUCGGAGCCUCUCCUUCUCUGGCCCUAGGUAUGGCCGCAGUCGAACACCGCCCUCUGCAGCCAGCAGCAGGUACAGCAUGCGGAACAGAAUCCAGAGCAGUCCUAUGACUGUCAUCUCAGAAGGAGAAGGGGAAGCUGUGGAGCCUGUAGACAAUAGGCCUGCCUUGGCCCUGGUCGCUGCAAAGGGAUGUUCACUGGCUGGGGCCGCGGCCCUCGUCGCUGCAAAGGGAUGUUCACUGGCUGACUCAGGGGGAGAUCAAAUGAAUGAGGGCAGCCUACUCUGUGGUGGGGAGCCCACUGCCUCACUGCAGUCACAGCUGCCUGGUUCCACAGAUGUGAUGGCUGGUGCAGAGGGCAGAGACCCAUCAGAACAGAUCAGAGGGCCACUGAGAGAAGAGAGUUAGGAGCAAGAACAUGAAUCUCCCAGGUGAUGUGAGAUAGAUGUGCUACACAUUGCUCUAGGAAGCCUGACAGGUACUCUUCCCUGCCUUGUCCCACAUCCCACCCAGUUUGUGCUGCAGUGGAAGGUGGGAGGGGCUAUGUACAACUCAUUUGGCACAUGCCCUGUGGUUUAAAAACAAGUAGAAGCUUAACUUCUGAAAGUGCUUCCUGAGGAAGUUUUGUUUGUGUUUCUAUUUUGCUAAAUACUAGGGGGUGUGUGUGUGUGUGUGUGCAUUCUGAACCCUUUUUUAUGCUUAGCACACACAGAGACAGCAUGUAGAGACAUAGGAGAAAGAGUUAACCUAGGUAAAGUAAUGGAGGCUUCUGGAAUAGGUGGUAAGUAAUUGCUUUACAAGUAUUCCAUUUAUGGACACUGGAGAGGAAGGGAGAGGACCAUUGCUUUUGAGAAAGAGAGGAUACAUGUAUUGGUUCUGAAAGCCCAGAACACAUGGGUAGAUGCACAGGUAUACUUUCUUGGUGAGUCAUGUUAUGAUGAAAGUGCUAAGUGACUUAUUGGUUCAGGUACUUUUUUCUGGGGAAAAAAGGCUUUUUUUUUUUUUUUUUGUAAAAGUGACAAACAGGUGGAAGUGGCAAUGCUGUGACUUGGAGCCUGCUGCUGUGCAGCCACAGACACACAGCUUUUAGCCUGACUUUUAGAAACAUGGGGCAGUUUUUUUAAAAAAUGAACUUUCAAUUUUAUUAGCAGCUGAGACCUUCUGUGAGAAAUGAAAUUAUGGUGUGCAUAGAGGGGGUGAGAGAGCAGAGAGAUGGGAAGAGGAGUACGUGAUACACUGCUGGACUUGUUUCCUGCUUAGUAAAUAAAAUUAUUUUUCAGAGUUAAAUUUGAAAACUUGCACUACAGAUCUGUGGGCGGCGCUUUUCCCUUCUACAAGUGUUUUUACCAGAGUUUAAACUUCCAUUUGGCAAUUUCUUAAUCACUUGAAAUGUGAACAUUUGCUAACUUUUGGAUAUCCUUUUGGUUACACCAAAGAAAAAGUUACAGCUAUUUUACCUUGAACUGCUUGCAAUAUCAGGUCCUCAUUUAGAAAAGUUUAUCAAAAUCUAUUAUAUGUUAUCUUACAUUGAAGAAAAUGCUAAAUCUUGUUAGUUAAAUAAACUGAUGAAAAUUGGCAGGGCCUGGUGAGUAAUUAACCCUGAGAAAUGAGUUUCUAGAUUAAAAAGAGUUUUUGCAUCA